AUGAUAAGGCGCAAGUGGAACCAGAGCUGCAAGGCCUUGCGGGGAGGCACAGAGGAGAAGGAGAGUAAACAUGGAGCUAGGAACGGGAUCUACAUUUUUGUUUUCUUUUUCUUGUAUGGACUAUUUCUGGAUACAGAACCUUCAAGUAACAUAUUGACUGUCCAUAAAAUGCAUUUUAGCAUCUUCCUCCUGUUGUGGGGAUGGGUUUUAUCCACUGAAUGCAGAGCCCACCGACAAGGAAAAGAAAUACAUGAGGUAUACAAAAAAGGCAGCCGGCCACAGCGGCAGAGACGGGAGGCCCACGGCGAGACACACAAGCAAGGCAGCCCAAUCCUAAAACGAAGUCCUGACAUCACCAAAUCUCCCCUGAUGAAGUCAGAGCAGCUGCUGCGAAUAGAUGACCAUGACUUCAGCAUGAGACCGGGUUUUGGAGGCCCUGCAAUUCCCGUUGGGGUGGAUGUCCAAGUUGAAAGUCUGGACAGCAUUUCUGAGGUGGACAUGGACUUCACCAUGACACUUUAUCUGAGGCACUACUGGAAAGAUGAGAGGCUGUCCUUCCCCAGCACCAACAACCAAAGCAUGACCUUCGACGGCAGGCUGGUGAAGAAGAUCUGGGUGCCCGACAUGUUCUUUGUCCACUCCAAGCGUUCCUUCAUCCAUGACACCACCACAGACAAUGUCAUGCUGCGGGUCCAGCCAGAUGGGAAGGUACUUUAUAGCCUCAGAGUUACAGUAACGGCAAUGUGCAACAUGGAUUUUAGUCGCUUUCCCCUGGACACACAGACAUGUUCUCUGGAGAUUGAAAGCUAUGCCUACACUGAAGACGACCUCAUGCUCUACUGGAAGAAUGGGAACGAUUCCCUAAAAACGGAUGAGAGGAUAUCGCUGUCCCAGUUCCUCAUCCAGGAGUUUCACACCACCACAAAGCUUGCCUUUUACAGCAGCACAGGGUGGUACAAUCGCCUCUACAUAAACUUCACUUUACGCCGACACAUCUUCUUCUUCUUGCUCCAAACCUACUUCCCUGCCACCCUCAUGGUCAUGUUGUCCUGGGUGUCCUUCUGGAUCGAUCGCCGAGCAGUUCCUGCCAGAGUCCCUUUAGGGAUAACCACCGUGCUGACCAUGUCUACGAUCAUCACUGGGGUGAACGCCUCCAUGCCUCGUGUUUCCUACAUCAAAGCAGUGGACAUUUACCUGUGGGUCAGUUUUGUGUUUGUCUUCCUCUCAGUGCUGGAAUAUGCAGCGGUGAAUUACCUGACUACGGUGCAGGAGCGGAAGGAGAGGAAACUGCGGGACAAGCUUCCCUGUGCGUGCAGCCUACCUCAGCCUCGGCCCAUGAUGAUGGACGGCAGUUACAACGAUGGGGAUGUGAACGAACUGGGGCACUACGUGUCCGAGAACGGAGAUAAACAAGACCGAAUGAUGGUGCAGCUGGCGCUGGGGUCUGAGAGGGGCUCAGGCAGGAGGAAAAACCAGAGAUACGUCAGCAUGCGGAUCGACACUCAUGCCAUCGACAAGUACUCCAGGAUAAUAUUCCCUGGCGCAUACAUCCUGUUUAAUUUGAUAUACUGGUCCAUUUUUUCAUAAAUAUAGAUAACUUCUGUAGCCAGAGAGUAUUGUGACAUUAAAUGGAAGUACUGUCUCAUAGGCUAACAGAAAGAAAAUGGAGAAUUGUUUUAAUUGGAAGGAAGAUAGAUUAUUUUUCAGGAUAUAUAUUUUUUUUAUUAGAUUGAACUCAUGUGUGGCAUAAAUAAUUGUGCAACUUUCACAUUUCAGUAGAAUAUAGGAUAUACAAUCCAAAAUUUUAUAUUUAUUUAAAACUGUGCUAUGUUCCUUUUUGUGCCUCACAGGCCACUGUAAACUAUUUUAACAAGUGACUAUAAUUGCCAGUUGCUUAUAUAUGGUGCAUCCUUCAUUUGUGCCCCUGAGAUCCUAAUUCUCUAAGUACCUGAGUGCAUGCAUACAUCUCUCAACUCAGCGGACUUAUCCCGUCAAUACCAAUAAAUACAAAGAAUAUGCAAAUACAUGCGUGUUUGCAGGAUGAGGUCAGAAGUGGUCAUUACAAACACAAAAUAUCCAGUACCAGGAAACACUUCGGCAAGGUUAUUGCUGGCUAAAGCUUGCUUACACUGCUAAAUGCAUGCUGCCCUAGCAGAACUGCACUGACAGGCCCAUGCAGGAAUACUCCCAGGU